CUUUUCAGCUGGCUGGCCACCGACUCUCUUCUGUCGCGAUCCCCCACAUCCAUUCUCCGGCUGACUCUACUGUCAUCCAUUGUUCUGGACCGAUCCAGCUGAUGCUCUACGGCUCUCCUUGGCAGGACUGAGCAGGCUGCGCCGAGGUGUGACGAGCUCGCAUUGCAGAUUCUUGGUCAUAGAGCAAACAUGUCGGUCACACUGUUCACGACGCACGGCAACAUCAAGGUCGAACUCUUCUGCCAGGCUUGCGAGAAGACGACAUACAACUUUCUAGCUCUCUGCGCCAGCGGUGCUUACGAUGGAUCGCCGUUUCACAGAUUGAUUAAAGAUUUCAUGAUCCAAGGUGGAUCUCCCGCCAAGGGAAACACCAAGGAAUCGACAUCGAUCUGGGGCGAGAACUUCGAAGACGAAAUCAAGCCCAGUCUACGGCACCAUCAAAGAGGAAUGCUCUCAAUGGCCAACAAAGGACCGGCCACUAACGGUAGCCAAUUCUUCAUCACUCUCGCCGCAGCUUCACAUCUCGACGGCAAGAAUACUGUGUUCGGCAGGGUCCUGGAGGGCUGGGACGUACUCGAUAAAAUGGAAGAAGUACCGGUGGACAAGAAGAGCCGGCCGCAGGAAGCGAUCAGGAUACAAAGUGUCCAAAUACACGCCAAUCCUCUAGCAGAACAACAGCGGUGAAGCAGAUACGAGCCCGGGCGUUUGCCACGAAUAUGCACGUUUACAAGGUGACGGUCACCAUGCGUGCGAGAAAACACGGACCGGCCUGCCACUGGUACCGUCUUGGUCCAGGCGUACAAUCACGACGAUAUGCAACAAGAAGCCACAUUGGAUUCGCAGCCGCUAUUGGAGCGCAAUAUGUGUGUGCCACACGCCGCGAUGUCACAGCAGCGUGUCGCUUGUCUGCAGAAGUGACCGCAGCUCUGCACAAAUGGAGGCUUUCGAUGCUUGAUCGAAGUUGAAACGUACCUUGCUUG